CUCGUGUAAUUUUUUUGUUUGAUCGGAACGUGAGCUCUUAGGGUUGUAGAGAUUUUGAAUGAAUGAUAUGUUUGGAUAAAUCCGAUGGAAUGCAGAUUGAUUCAUAUCUGUGUGUUGGUUUUAGCUCGAUUGAAGUUAAUAAAAUUCAUGGCGAGAAUAAGAUAAGACUUAGCAGCUCCUAUUAUCCCAGUAAGAUCAUUUGAUUCGAAUAUCCACAAUCCACGAUGCUGUUAACACUAAAGCCCUUUGUGCCUAUCACACUAAAGCCUCGUUUUUCACACAGCAGCAUUCCUCAUCACCAGCAUCAUGUUCGUUUCUGCAAAUCCCCGCUAAGGCUCAGAACGUAUGCGCAAAAUGGCGGUGGUGGCAACGACCCUGCGAAGGAGUCUUCUGAUGGAGGAAACAGACCGGUUAGUAACGAUGAUGAUCCUAAAAAAGAUGGAUUCCCUGGAUUCAGUUUCCGGUUGGGGGAUCUAUUGAAGCCGGAUCAAGAUAACUUUGCGGCGGUUGGAUUAGCUGGAGUGUUGACAUGGGCUAGCCUUCAAGUCUUAUCGCAGCUCUUCUUCAUUUCUUUUGCUAUCCUUGUCGCUGCUCUCAAGUAUUCUUUUAUCGCUGCGCUUCUCAUUUUCAUUCUCGUCACUCUCCUGUAAUGGCACCGGAUUGUAGAAUCUAACUAUAGCUCUUUCUUGAGUGAUUGAUUUGAACAAUAGUACAAAGACAUUGAUGUACAUGAGCUUUGGUUCUGUUCUUAC